UAUACCGCACUCUGGAUCAGCAAACGAUUUAUUGAAUGUUUAAUUUGAUUCUACCUAUGACAACAUCUGGCGGUAAAUUGGCAGACGUCAACUUCAAAUGUAAACAACAUUUACAAAUAGUUAUCAAUCGAUAUAUAUGCGAUGAUUCUUGGGAAGAAAUGCUUAUACCUGAUGCUACUAAAUGUUAAUAUACAUUAGUUCAACAUGGUGCUGGGAACAUUCCCCCGUUUUCAAAAUAAUACAAGACUUGUGCGGUACUUGGACACACUUUACAAACUGAAGGUUACAUACAACCAAGAAUCUCUAAAAGAGCAUGCAGAUUAUAUCAGUCAACUUACGGCCCAUCAUGAGAUUGAGCAGUGCUUUAGGGCCGUGCUGUAUAUGAACGAGAGGAAUGUGAACUUGAGGCCAAUCGAGACUCAGCAUUUCUUGAUUCAAAUAAGAAAGGUGAUGUGGAGUUUUCCACAGAAGUAUACAAGAUAUGGAUUUGAGCAGAAUGGGGUACGUUUAAAAACAUACGAGUUCAUGUUUGAAUUCAAUGUCAGCCUAAAUGAAGGAAGCAUGAGGCGCUCUGUGGAUGAAACCAAAAAGGUAGAGGGAGAUGUGAUGCCUAUAAGGGAGGCACAAUCGGAUGGCAUGAAGCACAAAUCACUGGAGUUGGUUUCUAAAGACAAGGCUCCAGAUGUGCCUUUAGGGAGAUUUGGUAGAACUAAAGAAGGAACAUUGUUCAGAGUUGUUCCCAGCGAAAAGUCGGUAGAAAGGUUUUCAAAAAAUAGUGGUACAGACUUACCAGAGAGACAAAAACAUUCAAGAAAUGAUAGUGGAAAGAAGCAGGAUUCUGAUGUAGAAAAUAAUUCAUAUGUUGCCAAAGGUCCAUCUAAAAAAUCCAUAAAUGACCGUGGACAAUUGCACUUAGCUGAAAACAUGACAAAGGACUGCAGCUUUUUACAGGUCUCUACAACAGAAAGUAAACUAAGUGGGAGACAAGUUUCAGAAAAAGUUACUCAGAAGAGGAAGCAAGGUGAUGAAAGUUCAGAUCCUGAUGAUGAUGAUGAUUGUCAUUGUAAAUCUUUGAGAAGGCCUGAAUCAAGUAGGCAAAACUCCAAUCCAGAAAGAUCAGAUCUUGAUAUUCCUAGUAAAAAAGUGACUAGAGUGGCUAAGAAUGAGUCCAAAGAGACUGAUAACAGUUUUGAUUCUGAUGUUUUGAAGAAUGGAGCUCAGCACCAAAGAAAGAAAUCAGGGAAGGAAAGAAAACAAAUGUAUCAAACUGUUUCAGAAGUUGAAAGUCAUGCAAGAAAUGUGCAUCAAAGUUGUUACGUUUCUAUUGAAAAGUGUCAAGAUGCAACUGGUAAAAAGAAGAAAGAAAACCAAAAACAUCAAAGAGAGGCUAGAACAAGAGAGUUAGCUGUUGACAGCUCUGCUGAGUCUGAAAGUGAUGCUCAACUAGAACAAUUUGAAGACCAGAAUAGAAGACAUUCAAAGCGAUUAAAUAAGUCAGGAGGUGUUCACUCAAAACAUGAACAAGUAAAGACUGGACUACUUGGAACAGGCAAAGAAAAAGUGUGUGACGUGUUAAAUGAUGGGCAGAAUGAAAGUAGACAGAUACAUCAUACAUUUUCUUCACAUGUAUACAAAGACAAUGUGGCCAGUAAUGUGUCUACGGAUGAUAGUGGAAACGAGUCUUCAAGACAAAGGUCGUUCAGACUUGAGACGAAAGCAAAGGAAUCGGAUUCUCGAAACACCAUGAAAAUUCAAUCCGGCUUUACUGGAGAUGCUGAUAGCCAAGGGAGUCCAGAGAGAGGUCGUGUGAGGAGAAGCAGGCGUUUAGAGGUUCAAAACACAAAUAACAAGGUUGAUUUCAGUCCCAGUAGGCUCAGAACCAAGAACAUAUCACAUGGCGCUGGUACAUGGAUCCCAACAUUUGGUUUCUUGACACCUGGCAAUGAAAAUGAAGGUCGUUCCUCUAGUCCAGAAAUAAGAAGAAGGAAAGUGAAGUUGUAUGCUGCCAGUCGUAGUCCCCCAUUGAGUACUGAACCUGAGAUGUCAAGUCCCCAGGUUUUGACAGUGAAGCCUGUGAAAAGAGCAGCUGCAGGAGAAUCACAUAGACCUCACACAAGGCAAAUGGAUGAGGAGUCACGGCGUAUAGAGGAGUUAAGGCAGCAGCAGGCCCACAGGGUGUACAGGGACUUCAUGGCCAAACGCCGGGACAGGCAUGCCGUGGAACAGGCGGAGAGAGCAGAAACAAACAAACUGCGGCAGUUGUAUGAGCCGACAGUGCCAAGGUCUCCACAGAAACCAGGGUCAAGUUCUCAGGACCAAAGGUCACAGGGUCAAGAAGUGGAACAACAGAGGGUGACCCGUAAAAGAAACUCUGGCUUCUUGGGUGCCCUUAUGGACAACCUGGUUACACCCACAAAGAAAUUUUUGUUUGGCAGCAAGAAUAAGGAAUGACUCUCACAUGUUUGUUAUUGUUAAAGGGACCUUUUCACAAUUGACAAAAUUGAAAGAAAUUGUUUCAGAUUUGCAAGUUUUCGUUGUAGUAAUGAUAUUUGUGAGGAAACAAUAAUACUGAACGUUUACCAUGCUCUAAAAUAUCAAUUAUAUGCAUCUUUUUACGAUUUAAAAACUUGAAAAUUAUAAAGCGUUGCAGCAGGAAACGAUUGAAUAAUUUGGAGAGUUUUGUUGUUGUCGUUAUAUUUUAUGACACUUCAAGGAUUGCUUAUAUAAAGUUUAAAAUACAUAGCACAAAUGGCCGAGUGGUCUAAGUGUAGACUUUUUACUCCAGUGGUCAGUGGUUCAAGUCCAGUUGAGGGUUACUUUUUUUCUUCAUUAAUUUUAUUCUUAUUUUUUGCUGGAGCUUUUUAGAUCCAAUGUUCACAUUUAUCAAUAUAAAGCAUAUAAUAACAAACUUCAAUACAUGCCCAAAUCUGUGAAAAGGUCCCUUUAAGUUAAGGCUACAUUUCUUGAAUUUUGAAAGAUAUGCAUGCCUUUUCAUUUGGUGAAAUUGUAUUGUAAUAAAACAAUGAAUUAUGAUAUUAAUGACAGAGAAUCAGUUGUAAAGUUAGUUGUAUGAAUACAAAGAUGGAUAAAUCUUCAUAUUAUUGCCAAAAUUAAUUUUGGACAAUUAACAUGAACAACUAUGACGAAACAUUUCACUGGGAAGAGUAAUACAACAAAUUGAUGGAAAACAAAGAAUAUGGCUGCCAUUCCAUUUGCUUGUUGUACCUUUUUGCAUGUAAUUAAAAAAAAAGAUUCCUUUUUUUGCUAAUUUGAUGUAGAAAUACAACAUGUAUUUGUUCUUGCUAUUCUU